CUUGCUACUAACAGGGUCAACAACAUUGCGAGUGUAGUUCUCAAUUCACCAUGCAGAGUCGGCUGGCAGAGGUAUACCAAACCGCAUUUGAGUAAGACACCCUCUGCGCCUGUGUGCGUGUGUGAGAGCCACUGCUAUGCCAGCGAACCGUGCUUAAUUUAUAGUUUGUCAGCAGAAUUUCUGUGUUGGUUGUAUACUGUAGUUCGCGCAGGAGCGCGGGCACUGGAGCCGGAAUGUGAGUCUAACGUAGGAGAAGAAGGAAAUCCGGGUUGUAUCUGAGUCUAAUGCUAACGGUCGAAUGCUAACGGUCGAAUGCUCGUCGCAGCAAGUUACUUAGUUAUGUGCUCGACAUAGGUGAACGUUCACUGUGCGGUUUGUUGGCCAAUCUGACGCAAUAUACACCCGAAAUGUAUCCGGGUGGCUGGCUACCGUGUAGCCACGCGCUAUGCGGUCUAUAAUGCGUGGAAAUUCGAGCAUCUUUUUUUCGCUGCGGCAUACCGGAUACAGCGCCCGGAUGAGACAAUGAAGGUUAUGCGUCAGUGUCAACACGUGGCCGUAGACGCUACACACACCACGAGGGCGCAGCAUACAAGCCGGCGUUGCAUCGCAGAUCAAAAACAGAUUUCGUCUGCGUAUGACUGACUAUACUAUCGAACGACCACAUGUUGCUUGUUGCGCGCGUUGCAAGUCGUGGACCAUCCUCCAGCCUCCCUCUCAUGGGAUACGUUUCUGCAUCUCGCAUAUCGGUGGCAACUGCGCCAAUCAACGGACCAACUAAAUAAUUUACGAUGGAUGACUUCGAAGCGCCCGACGGAGGAUGGGGCUGGGUCGUUAUUGUUGCUUCGGCCUGUGUGCAAGGACUCAUCAUCGGACAGAUAAAGUCGUUCGGUCUGAUUCUUAUAGAAAUCGAGGACAAACUCAACACGAGUUAUGCCGUCGCUCAGCUGGUGUUGGGUCUAGCGUGCACCCUAGCCUUCGGUUUAGGCCCCGUCGCAGCAGUCGGCUGCAAUGUGUUUGGCUUCAGGAAGCUAGCGAUAACGGGCGGCUUGCUAGCCGGUGCUGGACUCGCUCUCAGCUAUUUCGCCGUGCACGUCGGCGUGCUCUUCGUAACGUUCGGCGUGCUGUUCGGCGUCGGCGCAGCGUUCUCCAUGGUUCCCGGAUCGAGUAUCGUGAGUCAGUAUUUCAAGAAGAAGCUGACGCUAGCCUACGCGCUCGUGUCGCUGGGCAGCGGGGUGUCCAGCUCCGUCAUGCCGCCGCUAACUCUGAGCAUGAUCAGCGAGUACGGCUACCGUGGAACACUUCUCAUCUACGGCGCCAUCACGUUGAAUAUCUGCGUGUGCGGCUGGGCGUUCAAAUCCGUACGUCCGCCGAAGAAAUCCGACGAUGCGUCCGACGACGAUUCGGACUCGGAGACGUUCCCGCGUGAUCGCUACGAGCUGUUCGCCGCCAUGUUUGAUACGCCCGACAACAUUCUGAUCAAGUCUCGGAAGCUGAGCACGGUGAGUAUCGAAUCGAUCACGGGCCGCCGGCUGGUGCGACAGAAGUCGAAGUUCCACACGAGUCUGCUGAGGGAUCCUCGCUUCAUUCUCUACUUGCUCGUCGUCAUGCUAUUUCGGCUUAACUACGCGACCAUCUUCAACCUGCUACCGCUGCGGCUCGACGAACUCGUGCAGGUGGGCGAGUUUGUCCCCCCGCCGCGUCUCCAGCUGCACGUUAACGGCGCCGUGCUCCUUUCGGUGCUUAGCAUCACCGAGGUCGUUUUCCGUCUGCUGUGGGGACUUUUCUGGACGUACGGACGCCUGCGACACCCGCGCGCGCGACAGUUCGGCUUCGCUCUUCUCGUCGGCUGCGGCGGUGUCUUGACUCUACUGCUCGCCACCUUGCGGCUGUUCCACGAAGCUGCGUACUUGGUGGCGUGGGCGGCCAUCAUGGGGGUGCUGCUGAGUGGAUGCAUGCCCCUGCUCUAUACGAUCGCUAGCGAUAUUGCUGGAGUUAAGAAGCUAGCUACAGCGAUGGGCAUGAUCUACUUGGGGCUCUCCCUCGUGUUCGCCGUGGGAGGAUUCCUGACAGGUUGGCUGAUCGACAUCACGAAGUCCGUGGAAGCGCCUUUCCAGCUCACUGGCUGCGGAGCCAUCCUCGGAGGCGUCCUCUGUGCCUGCAUCCCACUCAUCCGCCGGCCGGACGAAUCGGCGAGGAAGCAGGAAACCGGAUCGGCCAUCGUCGCUUUCGGCCUGGCUGGCGGGGGUAUACUCGUCGGGCCCUACCUGACAGGUGGCCGGCCGCGCUCGCGGCGCAAGCGGCGCACGCUGCGCUCCAAUGAGAGUUUUAUUCGGUCGGUGAUGAAGCGGCAAAAUCCGAAGUCGUUCGUAAUGAGAAUGUACAGUCGGUCGCCACAGAGUAGCAAGCUACACGAGGUAGCGGAGAGCGACGGCGAAGAUGAGCGCACCCUGGCGGUGCACAAGCGAGACGAGGCUGCGGCGGACGCGUCGGCAGCGACCGGCACUCCCGCUGACGACGUCGCCUGUUAGAACGUUUGAAUGUCUGCCGCCCGCUCCGAGCGAGACACACCAGGGUCAAUAUUUGUGUAGUCUACGGUUUUCUCGCUAGUCGUGGUCGUACGCGCGCGUGUGUGUGUACAAUUUGGAGUAAUCAUUCAGAAUGAUUACUCCAAUGUUAACUGUGUUUAAUUGUGCGUACGUCGCUACACUAUCACUAUGUUCCGUUAGCGAUAUCGUGGCCUCACAUGAUAAUACACCACGAACGAAAGCGUUUCUCAUUGCGCGAUACCUGAAAAGGACAAAUUAAACAAACGGGGCGAUUGAUGUACCAAAGCACGAGUUACGAAGUAUCGAAGAAUGUGUGUAAGGCUUACGCCGCCCUGGUUGCGGGGACAGGCAACGAUAUACGAUGGCUGCGUUAGCGUUUGGUUUUGUCUGCGAUCUCUUUAAUGCGCUCGCAAAGACGAUGAUAUGUUAGUCUGACAAGACAAAGACAAAGACGAAGCCUGGUAAUGAUAAAUUAAUUAUAGUGUGACUGCCAUGUACGAUGAUAUUGUUAAAGCUGAUAGUAGAUAUUAUGUUGAUGUAAUAUAAAUGUAUUAUUUCCCAUCAGGCUAUAUAUAGUGUGCAUACGGAGCCCGCUGUGGGAUAACUAUUAUGAACAGAAUGUCUCAAUCAACGUGAAUCUCGAUUAGUAAAUCUAAAUUGGUUAUUCUUCCGCUGGUUAACUGAGCGCAUGCGUUGGGCACACCUCGGCUGAUUCCAUUCCUGGAUCAAGCGAAGGUGAGAAAAACAGAAUCGUCCGGGGUUCGCCGAAUGUGUCUGACUGUGAGAAGCAUUGCUGUGAUUCGCUGACCACACACACGUCAAGACCGGACCCGUAGUGGCCGCCAUCAAAUAUAAACGUCGUUUUAUCCUAGAUGGUACAAAGUUGAGCCUAACGACGGCUAUACAUGUGUUAACAAAAGCUCAGACCAUUCGAGUUUAUCGUACUACGGUCCAAACCAUUUCAUAUGCCUGGAAGAGUCGCUCAAAAUGACGCAUAGGGAUGGCUGGCAUUCGAGCGUUUGACAUCGCUGUGCUUAUUCGCGCAUGCGUACUGCUGCCUACCGCGGAAACCGUCUUCAUGUCUUAGUAGCGGUCUAAGAAAUAAAGUGCGGGAGUGUGCGGCCUUAUUCCGAACUCUGUGGAGACCGUGAGGGACAAAGCGAAGUCUUAUUCUGAGAUUGUACUUGUAAUUAACUGAGCCUCACCACACACCCGCAGGACCGUAGCUAGCGUGGGUGGGCAAGGGGCAGUUGCCCCCUAGAGAAAUGUAUAUACAUUAUAUCAAGGGGAGGGGGGUAAUGACAAAUUUGGCAUUAUUCGCCCCUGAUUACAUGGUCAAUGGCGGUCAUCUUCCUAGAAUACAACCAGCACGUGGCUUUGCCUCUCUCUCUCUCCCCCUCUCUCUCUCUCUCUCUCUCUCUCUCUCUCUCUCUCUCUGCGGGCAAAAUAGGUUAGCUACGCACCAGAUAUCUCGUUGAUGAGGAGAGUUGAAUGCUUGUGUAUCACGCUGUAAGGCGAGAGAGCUUAUUUUACGAACUAAUUUAAUGCACGCGCCACAUUUCGAGAAUGAAAUGUGAUAAAGGUAUUCUGUCUACUGCUGGUUGUGUGGGACCAACUUAUCUCACACUCGUAAUAGAAAUUGCGUACUCAUCCAAUUUAUUAUUCGCUUCCCACGGGUGAGAAUGAAAUUUAUAUCACUCAUCUGCGGGAAUCUGGUCUCAUGAUAGUUUCUAUUGGCAAUAAAGAUGAAUAUUUC